AUGAAUCUUAAAAUAGCAUGCUAAGGCUAAGAAUUCAACUUUGAAGAAGUUUAUUCAUUAGAAGAAUUGAAAUAAAGACUUUACUAAACUGAACCAUCAUUUGUUUUAGAGUCAUUAACUUAUCAAGAUGAAGAAGAUGAUAUCAUUACAUUAGCUAAUGAAAAUGAUUUUAGUUGUUUAACAACAAGCACAAAUUUCACUGUUUAAGCUUAAGGGAAAAUUGAUUAAGAAUGGGCUAUUAAGGAAUUCAAAAGAAAUUAAAGAUUAAUUAAGAGAAUAGCAAAUAAGGUUAAAUAGUUAAAGGGGAAAUAAAAGAAUAUUCUAACAAAAGUAUAAUUUAAAUUUAUCAUUUGAGGAGAGAUUAUUAUUAAGAAAGGUUAAGAGAUAUUUUAUAAGAGUAGAAACAGAUUUAAGAAAUAGAUAAAGACAUAAAGAAUAUUAGAUAAUAAAUUGA